UUUAAGUUCUUUAUUUCCGAGUGGAUGCAAUAUGUAUCUCUUCUGCAUUCUAUGAUCGUUUUCCGUUAAAGUUUUUGUGGCAUGUUGGUCAUAUUACCGUGGUCACUGUUGAUAAACUUAUAAAAUGCCGAAAGUUGUGAGUGUUUUCGAAAGAGCCAAAGAGUAUGACGACGAAGGAUUUUACGUUUUUAGUAAAGAAAAAGGCAUCAUGAUGUGCAAGUUCUGUAAUGUGCAAGUCGACUGGAAAAGAAAAGACACGUAUGAAAAACACUGUAAAUUUCGAGCAUCGCACAAGGUGAACAAAGAUAGGUGUCAAGCAUCGGGUUCUGGCACUAAGCGCCAAGUUACUCUAGAAGAAAAUAUCUCUACUCACAAGAAAACAAAGAACGAGAAAACUAAACUGGCCGAGGAUACAGUUCGCGCUUUUGUUAAAGCGAAUAUACCACUUCAAAAACUUAACCACCCAGCAAUAAGAGAAUGGCUGAAUGAAUAUGUGAAAGGUUCGGGAGAUCUUCCUCAAGCACACACAUUACGCACUACAUACCUGCAGUCACUGAAGAUGGAGGAAGAAGAGAAAGUAAAACUGGCAGUCAAGGACCAACAAGUAGUUGUGCUGUGUGAUGAAACCACAAACCGAAGAGGAGAAUGUGUCUUCGUUGUUUUGUUUAAAGUUCUCUUGGCUAGUGGUGACUCCAAAUUGCUGGUUGCUGGAGUGAAAGUGCUCAGUAAUGCUAAUUCAACAGAAUGUUCACGAGCAGUAGUGGAGACAUUAAUUAAAUAUAACGUGAAGUAUGAAAAUGUUUGUGCAUUUGUAUCUGAUUCUGCAAAAUAUAUGAACAAGUGUGCAGAAUUGUUGAAAGUGUUAGUGGGUGAGAACAUGUUGUACAUUCAGUGCUGGGCACACAAACUUAAUUUAGUUGGUAAUGUUUGGUCUACAGAACUAACUACGUUAAACGAAUGUGUAGUGAAGGCAAAGAUGGCAUUCCUGAACACCAGGAAGAGGAAACAUCACUAUUUGGAUUUCCUCAAAAAAUCUUCUGUCGAACCAAAGCUGUUCCCAUCACCUGUUUUGACCCGCUGGAACUCAUGGUUCACUUCAGUGACUUAUCUUGAUAAGUACCUAGUUCAUCUUGUUGAAUUUUUUAGACAGCAAGAUUUUGAUGGUGCUGAUGCUACAGAGUACUUCAAAAGCUUGAGCACCGAUCAGGUUUUAGUUUUGCAAUGUGAGGCAAAAUUUGUGGUAGAGUAUUGCAAAAAAACUGUUGAUCUGUUGGAAUGUCUGGAAGGUUCAUCAUAUCCAUUCGCUCACAAACUGUGUGUAAAACUGUCAGAUUUAAAGACAGGGUUCAAGCUUGUCAGUGACAGAAAUUUUGGUGGAGAGACAGCAAAAUUGUUGAAUUCUGCUGCAUGUCUAAAAGCUGCAACAGGAGCGAAACUUGCUGUGACUGGCCAGAAAUCUUUUCUAAAACUGUCAUCAUUGAUGGGAGGGGAUCCUGCAAAAUCAUUCUUGGAGAACAUAGGCUUCUUGUUCAAUCCACGGGAAAUAAUUUCAAGAGGGCCAGAAAUUGAUGCAGUGAACUUGCAGAAUCGAGUCCAAGCUGUGCCUUUACUUCGAGAUAUCACAUUUCAAAAGUUUUUGGAUGGCUACGCAGCAACAAAACAUGCCGUUCUGAAGUCUGAAAUUGGGAAGGUAGACAUGCUACGAGUUUUACUGUCGUUGAAGAAUGACUUUCCAGAAUUCUCAGAUAGUGCGAUCAAGUGUCUCUGGCUUCCAGUGUCCAAUGUUGACAGUGAACGUGCCUUUUCAGCGUACAGCAACAUAAUGAGUGACAAACGCACAUCUUUGGGGGCGGAAAACAUGGAAAUAAUGCUAGCAAUGUGUUUUGGUGGGGACUAGUUUGCAGGAAAUAUAAAAUAGCUGAUUUUCAGAGAUAGUGGAAAUGGACUUAAGCCGCUAACGUUUCUGUUAAGUUUCUGAUUUUUUUGUAUGUAAUCUUGAGAAUUUUAAUUACAAAUUCAGCGUGCUAAAUUUUAUAUGUACAGUAAGUCCUCUAUUUACGUCGUACCGAUUUACGUCGUUUCGGAUUAACGUCGCUAAUGUUUGAGUACUCAUGUUUCAAUUUAAGUUGUCGCCGAUUCACAAUAACGUCGUUUACAAUGACCGUAAAUCUUUAUUUUAACCAAAACACCCUAUAUAAUUCGUUUAUAAUUCUUUGUUUCCUUCGGUAGUUAAUUUAUGCUAUGUAGUGUAAGCUACACGUUCACCGCCUUAUCUUAUCAUACAUCAUGAGGGACGCUUCCUGCUCUCCGCGCGGUGAUGCAAUACUACCAGCCCGCCCGCUCGGCCAUCCAUGUAUCUCGCACGUGGAAGUGUUAUCUACUUCUCGCAACGACACAGCAUUUUCUCCUACCCCUUUUCGUCCAACUCCUUGGCACUUCGGUAGAGGUGUAAAAGUAACUAAAAAAAGUGUACCCGUAUGUAUUCGUUACUAUAACAAUUAGUGCUCGUUACUUUCGUAUCGUUACUCGUUACUUCUGAUACCGCAUAACAUGCUAUGUUAUGUAACAGCAACGAAUCGAGUCGUAUUUCGUACGCGUACAGUAUGACGUCGCGUAAAUAAUAAUAAAUUGAAUAUAAACAAUUAAAAGUAUUUGAUAAUUAACAGCUUUUGUUAACCAAGAAACAAUAAAAUCUCAUUAGAGCAGCUUUAUUAUAAUAUCUCUUUUAAGAUAAGAACAAAAAACGUGAAAAUACGCGAUAAUAAAAAACAAAAACAUACAUAUUUAUAAUUUGUAAAAAAUACUUUCUUACGUUGUUUCUGUUCCAAUCUCAAACUUUGUCUACACACACAAUACCUUUAAUAAACAGUAAAAAACUUGGACGACGAAUUUCCAAAUUAUACUUUUCUUAAUAAACAAACAUCGUUCUUUGUAACGAAUAAGCGUGCGCAUGCGUAAAACAUACGAAAAAUGCGAGUAACGAAAUGCAUUCGUGUGUAACGUUUCGUUACUCGUUACUAGAUGCCGCACCCGUUACUCAGUAACGAAUAGAUACGGUUUGCUACAGCUGAAGUGACUUCAGUCGCUAUGAUAUCAUUGAGUUGGCCGGAGUUUUAAACGUGCCGUUGUUAACUUUAUCGUGAUUAAAUGCGUUUGUAGUAGGCCUACAGUAUCAGCUCACUGCAAUUUAUGAUUUUUUCUUCAUAAGAUGUCUUCCAAACGACUAAAUUUAUCUUCAAACGUGUUUAUUACUUCAUGUGAUUAUUUUAAAUCAAGGGCUCUCAAUGUUUGUCAUACUUAUAGUACUUUUAUUGUAUGUAUGCAUUUCUUUUGACUUUGUUCUUACCAGCCUCCAAAAGAAAACAGUUGUUUUCUCCCGCGAAUGACUCAAAGUAAAAUCUGUGUAGCGCUAAACCACUUUGUAUCCUUACACUUUGAAUGCAUUAUGCGUUUAUGUAUAUUACGUACAGUAUGUACUAAGGUAAGUGCACCGGUACUCGUCACUGCUCCAAUGGUCGUCACUAGCAACUUCAAAUGUAAAUAAUAGAGAAGUAGCUCAAUAUAUCGCCAACUUAAAUAUUGACAAAAAUUUGGUCGACGUUCUAGCUGAAAUUACCACAAUAGUUUUCGGAACAAACACUAUUUUCAAUCAAAAAAAGUCCGUGCAUCAAAAGUUCGUAGAGCAGUGAAGAUAAAUAGGGGAAUUCCUAUACUAAAACACUAAGGACGUUAGUGCACAUUUUUACUUCUAAUUCUGUAAUUUUUCAUGUUUAUUCGUGAUGUUUUGUGCUGAAUGUGUUAUUUAAAUGUUCUUGAAGAGGUGAAAGUGUUUAUUUAAAAAAAUUCGUUUUCUUUGUAUGAUUUAGUUAGGGUGACGAAAACUGGAUCAAUAAAAACCUUGUAUUGCUAGUGUUCGUCAUACCUGACGAGCACUGGUACAUUUAAUAUUUUAUUUAAAGUUGUGCUAAGUUACACCCUAAAGUUCGUAAAUAAUAUUGGUUCUUUGUUGUUAAUAGACAAAGUACGUUAUUAUGAUCAGAUCCAGUAGUCGUCACCUAUGACGACUUCCGAUGCAUGUGUAUGACGACUUCUGGGUCGGAAAUUACUUUACUUUAUUGAUUGCAAAAAUUGUGUAGGCAUUGUUGUUUACAUUAAUUUAGGGGUCAUUCGAUAUAUAUUUUGACAUUAAUAAGUAAACUAAACAUUGUAAUGUGUCUCGUUCUUUAAUUACAGGGCAAAAUGCCAAAACGGAAAAUACUGUUGUAUGAAGAGUCAGCCAUGGAAGCUGCUCUUAAAGAUGUAGCGAAUGGUAUGACUAUAAAAUGAGCAGCGGAAAAAAAUAGUGUGCCAAGGAACACAUUGUCCGAUAAACACAAAGGCAAAUCGCCCUUGGGUAGGAAGAUGGGCGGGCCCUGAUUCAUUUUUAUAUUUUACUUGUGAUACCGCAUAACAUGCUAUGUUAUGUUGCAGCAACGAAUUGAGUCGUAUUGCGUACGCGUACAGUAUGACGUCGCGUAAAUAAUAAUAAAUAGAAUAUAAACAAUAUUUGAUAAUUAAACAGUUUUUGUUAACCAAGAAACAAUUAAAUCUCAUUAGAGCAGCUUUAUUAUAUCUCUUUUAAGAUAAGAACAAAAAAAAACGUGAAAAUACGCGAUAGUGAAAAAUAAAAACAUACAUAUUUAUAAUUUGUAAAAAAAUACUUUGUUACGUUGUUUCUGUUCCAAUCUCAAACUUUGUCUACACACAUAAUACCUUUAAUAAACAGUAAAAAAAUUUAGACGAGGAAUUUCCAAAUUAUACUUUAUUAAUAAACAAACAUCGUUCUUUGUAUCGUAAAUUCAUUGAAUAUGCGUGCGCAUGCGUAAAAUAUACGAGAAAUGCGAGUAACAAAAUGCAGCCGUGUGUAACGUUUCGUUACUCGUUACUAGACGGCACACCCGUUACUCAGUAACCAAUACAUUCGGUUUGCUACAGCUCUAUGUGCUGUCCCUCUUUGUUCCGUGAGUGCUGUAAGUAAAUUCAAAAUUUAAUGAGGAUUAUUCAUUAUAUUACUGAACGAUCUUUAUGAAAUGCCAUUUUGAUGUUUAAAAUAUAGUACCAAAUAAAAUUUGAAGCCCAAAUAGUACAAUACUAUCAUUCUGGAUCCAUGAAUUAAAACUAAUGCAGCCGAAAUCGCACAUGACGACUACUGGCACAAACAUGUGACGAACACUGGCAAACACGAAAAUUUGCAUGACGACUACUGGCUCGAAAUCACACUUUUUUCAAAAUUAUAAAUCUACAAAAAUAAUUUGUGUUUAUCGAAGAGUGUUGGAUAGCAUUGUAGAGUAAAGUUUGAGGUUAAAAACAAACAUGUAGGGGCAGUAAUACACCUACAAGGUUAUGUACACAAUUUUUUUUUAUAAAACUCUUCUUAGCAUGACGACUACUGGUACAUCUACCUUAUAUAUCUGUUUUCAUAUUUCAAUCAAUAAAGGUAAUAAAGCAUCUGGUUAAAUAACCAUUCUAUAAAGCUGAGAAGUACUAGUUGGACUUGUUUCCCACGCUGUCGGUUGUCAUUUGCUGAUAAAAUUGCCCGUUGUCACGUCUGUAUGCCAGUGCUUCCGGCCGACCUUGGGCUGUGGCCGGCCGGUGGUAUGAAACAUGGCUCAUUUUGCGUCGUUUCUAUUUACGUCGCGGUUUUCAGGAACGUAACCCCGACGUAAACCGAGGACUUACUGUACAUGUUGUAUUUUAAAACAUUGUUUUUGAUAAAUUUUGACAAAAAUAAAACAAUAAUUUCAUCACAUAUAUAUGUGUAUAAAAUUAUAAUGACGAAAUAUUUAUUUUUUCUAACUAAACAAUUUUUUUUCACCGAAAUUUUGCACCGAAAUAACUAUUUUUAUUCACCGAAAUGGGCCUUUUUUAUUUACCAUUUUUCAUUGGCCCUAAUAAUAACGUAGGCAACGCCUUGACACAGUUAAUUCGCUGCGCCGUUUCAAAAUAUUCCUCCGGCGGCAAGACGUACGUUUGCGAUUAAACUGCGAGACUCACUUUCAGUUCCAGCAAUUUUGGUAAAAAUCAUUGCAUUAUAUUCGGGUAAAUACAGUAUUACAUUUUGAGGAAACCAGUAUUUUAAAGUCAUAAUAAUGUUAUGUUUGGUUGGCAAAGAGAUUUUUUUGACUUAGAAAAAUAUCAGUGCACUUCCUUGAUGUGUAUUUUAACGCCCAAACCAUUUCCUUUCCAUCAAAGUGAUGGCCAGUAACUAGAAACAAUACAAUAAUAUUAUGUACACAAAAAGUUACUGCUUUAGCAUUAUAACAUAUGCAUGGAAAGAAUGUGACCAUAAUGUGCAAGCAACACAUUCUCAUUUCACGUCAGUUUCUGAAUGCCAGUGAGCACACUUCUCGAACAGGGAAACGUGAACAGACAACGCACCUCGUCGGCGAAGAUGAACAGCUCCUCUUCGUGAGCAAACUUGAUGACCUCCUCUAUGUUCUUCCUGCUCAGGACCUGGCCUGGAACACGAGAGGUAAGUACAGGCUCGCAACUUCCUGAACAUUGUGGCUAUGAACCAGUGUCCCUGAAUCUUAAAACAAGGCUUGUUUGUAAUCUACAGGUCUCCAAUAUGUAUAUAUCUGCAAACAAUGUUUGAAAUCUCAUUUAAUUUUCUUUUCACCUUCAAAAUCCUAUCUGUUUUGGUGAUAAGACCAGUGUCCACUUUCUCUACCACAUAUUAACAAUGAAAACUUUUAACUUAAUGAAAAAUCAGACAUAAAUUUGCCAAAGAUAAUCAAUAGACAAUAGAAAAAGGAUGCAUCUUAUUCAGUAGGAAUGGAUAUCAACCCAAUUCUUUGAAUUGAGAAUUUUAGGUAGGGGUUGAAAACUUGCACCAGAUUUACACUUCUUCACAAACAAGUGGACUUGAAGCCAUGGAUCAGUAACUGAAAAGCCCGGUCACGUAAGACCGAUGUCAA